GGGGGACGUCAAAAGGGAGCACCGGAGUGCUUUUGACGUCACUUUCGGGCGACCGGGCGGUCCCACUUCGUCGUUAUGAGCGGGGACGAUGAGGUGAAUCUCCUAGUCAUUGUUGUUGAUGCUAACCCUAUCUGGUGGGGCAAGCAAGCUUUGUUGGGCUCAGAGCUUACGUUAUCAAAAUGCCUCGAUGCGACCAUGGUGUUGGGAAACUCACACUUAUUUAUGAACCGCAACAACAAACUUGCUGUGAUAGCCAGUCAUAUACAAGAAAGCCGUUUCUUGUAUCCUGGAAAACAUUGGGCAGCCCUCGAUCUCUUUGGAGAAUCUGGGGAAUCAAAUAUUUCUGGUAGCAAAGAUGGAAAAUACGAAGUAUUAACCACCAUAAAUGAAACCAUUGCAGAGGAGAUAAAGGACCUGCUGACCAAUACUGAAGUAAAGGGGCAACAGAUGGAAACUUUGCUGGCUGGAUCUCUUGCUAAAGCACUGUGCUAUAUUCACAGGGUGACAAAAGAAAGUAAAACCACCCAGGAAAUAAAAUCCAGGAUAAUGGUCAUAAAAGCGGCUGAAGAUAGCGCAUUACAAUAUAUGAAUUUCAUGAAUGUGAUCUUUGCAGCCCAGAAACGGAAUAUUUUAAUUGAUGCCUGUGUAUUGGACUCUGAUUCGGGACUUUUACAGCAGGCAUGUGAUAUAACUGGCGGAAUCUACUUGAAAAUUCCAUACAAGCCCUCGCUUCUCCAGUAUUUGCUGUGGGUUUUUCUGCCUGAUCAAGAUCAGAGAUCCCAGCUGAUCCUCCCUCCGCCCGUUCACGUGGAUUACCGUGCUGCCUGCUUCUGCCACAGGAAUCUCAUUGAAAUUGGCUAUGUCUGCUCAGUGUGUUUGUCAAUAUUCUGCAACUUCAGUCCAAUUUGCACCACUUGUGAAACCGCUUUCAAGAUUUCACUGCCGGCGGUCAUGAAGUCUAAGAAAAAGAAACUGAAAGUCAUGAUGUAGCUGCACGAUCGAUUUCUCUCGCCCUCCUCAUGGAAUCCUGUCUCCCAGAUUGUAACUUUAAAGCUGCAAAAGUGGAGCUCCAGAAAAACCAACAUGUAUUUUUGAAAUGAUCAACAAAGGGCAAAACAUUUCAAACCAAGGCAUACAUUAUCCAGAACACUGUUCUAAAGUGUUAAUCAAGUUUCUGCCACUGGUUUAAACCAACCCCUGAAAUUGGAGAAGAAGGAAAUAAACCAAGUUGGUAUGUAAAGAUCAUUUCAGGUAUUGUAGGUAGAAAAAUCAAACUGGUUUAAGUCUUGAUAUCUUAAUUCCAGACAAAGCCCCUUUUACUUAAGUUAAAAUUGUGAUGGAUUGACAUUUCGGGGCUCCUGGGCUGGUCCCUGCAGAAGCCU